AUGGAAAAGAGCAAGUAUGUGAUCAGUUUUUUAACUAAGAAAUUGACUCGACUGGAGUUUAUAGACAAAGAUGAAGACUAUGGUUAUGCUAAGAACGUAGAUGGCUCUGGACCCCAACAAUUGGUAUCAGAGCGAUCCAAUUGUCCCAACAAUGGUUUAGUUUGUUUCUCAACAAUUUCCCGGGAUCCCAUCUACAUAUGCAAUCCCGUCACCAAGGAAUAUGUUUACCUUCCAGCAGUAAGCUCGGCUAAAUCAUAUAGUAUUAACUGUGGAUUUGGUUACCAUAACUCGUUGGACGAGUAUAAAGUUGUUCGGAUCUACAGUGAGUUAUUCACUUAUAGAGCUCAAGUAUACACUUUGGGUAGUGGUCAUGGGCGGAAAGAUACAAGAACUUUUGAAUAUUCAAAAAAAAAAAGAAAAAUUCAAUUUUUAAAGGGCCCUGGUAUUUGUGCAAGCGGGGCUCUCCAUUGGCUACACUCCUGGGAAACUGAAAUUGUGGCUUUCGACUUAGCAGACGAGGAGUUCCGGUGGAUCCCAUUACCACCACUUUCACCGGAAAAAAUUGUCUCUAAAUUUUAUCUUAAAUUGUUAAGUGGACAUUUGUGUGUUGUUCGUAUAGAUGUAGGAGAAAAAGAUAAAUUUAUUCACAUAUGGGCAUUACAGAAAAAGAAAAAGUUUGGCAGCUAUGAGACGAAAUUGCAUGAGUUCAUCGACUCCUUGAGUUGGAGUAAGAAAUUUUGUUUUUCAUGUACUAAGGAUGUGGCGUAUAUGCCGUUUGCAGUUACAAAGAGCAAUCAAGUUCUGAUGUCGGAUGGUGAAAGUGUCUUUUGUUAUGACUUCUCGGAAAUUGCAAUAAAGAAACUAUGGAAUGGAAGUCCAAGGAGCGGCAUUCAAGCAAUUCCUCAUGUGAAUAGCCUUGUUUAA